AUGAACGCGAGCAGGUGGACUGAGCCCAAGUUUGUGGGGCCCCAGGGAGCGGGCUUGACGCCGCGAAAGGCGUUCAUAUUGGUGAAGAACGGCAACGUACAAGUUCAGGUGUUGAAUUGCAACGCCGGGGCCUCGCCUCGGCCCGUCUUCAGGCUUGCAGGCGCCGACGGUGGUGCUGCCGCAAGCCCGCAAGCCACCCUUGCUUGCGACGCUGACGACCCCUCCGACCUGGUGUGUCUGAGGACCCGGAAACUGCGUUACGGCAACACGUUCAGUUACUCACGGACAAGACAUUUUCAGUUCCACACCUAA